AUGAUCCUCGGUCUCCCACCACGCAACGAGUGGGUCCCCCGGAACCAAAGGCCAAUACACAAAUACAUUAAAGCCCUCCGAGAAGCGCACAAAUCCGGUUCGCCGCCCACAGCGCCUAUUGUAGCACCUUUGUUUGGCCUGCUGGACGGACAGCAUCCCCACGUGUAUAGUCGGAGGCUAGGGUUUGUGGAAGAAGACGAGUGCGGUGUGACGCCGAGGUUCACGUGUGAGGAUGCGAAUGCGUUGUGGUGGCGGACUGAGAGGGUUGUGGAUGUGUAUGUGAGUGGGGAGAGGGACUUUGAGAGGGAACGCGAGAGGGGUGGGUUUCUUGAGGGGGAUGUGAGGGAGGUGCUUGGUUGUGAGGGGUGGGGGGAGCGGGUUUGGGGGGCUGGUGAUGAGGGUAUGCAGAGAUUGGGGAAGAGGGAGAGUGGAUUGACUGGUCAAGGGCGGGAACGGAACGGAACUCGUGCGUCUGAAGCGCGGGGUUCGAUUGAGGAUUAUCCGCUGUCUCCAGAUCGAGCGAUGAGCGAUGUGGAUGCGAUUGAUGAACGUGCUAACACACCACGAUGGGCCAGUCUUGAUGAUAAUCAUCAAGUUCGUCGCGACGAGGAGGGAAAUGAAAUUGUCAAUGACAUGGAGCAAAUCGUUACGGAUGUGCGGUGCUGGAUAGCAGCUCGUAUCCAGAGCAAGAUCAGUGUCGAGAAGAAGGAGAAGGAUACGCCAGCGUCUGUUAAACUAAAUCACCUGCCUGGUCGACGAUUCUCUGCACUGCCCGCGAUCGAAAAUCUGGAUAUUGACUGUGAAGAUAGCGACCAAGACGAACAUCUACAACCCCGUAGAUGUGACCGCCGAACCGAGAGCUUGAGAGAGCAAUCGGUUCUCCGGCAGCUGUCCGUAGCACGAAGUCCCGUCAAAUCGAACAUCGACAAUAGUAUGCCUAGGGUUAUUUGUAAAGCUAAGAGUAAGCGACCGCGAGGACGACGCAGUACGCAAUGUCUACGGACACCCGCAAAGGAUCAGCAGAUAGUUGGGGACGCCCGAGUCCAGACGCAGAUCUCAGACAAAGAAAACAUUGGAAGAGGAGCAACUACGCCGUCAAUCAGUGAUCGAGAUCCCGUACUCAACGCAAAACCCGAACCAUAUACAGGCGGCUGUGGCAGCAGCCUGUGCACUCUUCCGGCACCACCAUCGCACAUGGUCCUCCCUCCAACUCCACCUCGUAGUGACAUAUCGACUAUUCGAAGACAACCGUUACAGGAACGGUCCCCACCGUCCGGGAAGAAACGUAUGGCUUUUCUUGAGGCGCCACGAUGUGUCAAGAGGCGUGCUGUCGCAGUGCAGAUUCGAGUGCAGUCGCGAAGUCCUGCGAGGAAUAGCACGGCACGUUGCCUGGAGCGAGAUGACCCUGAACGCAUUCAGCCAAAUCUCCGAACGAAGAGCUCCGACGACGACAACAACAGACUAACCCCAUGUACAAGUAAUUUCAACCCUGACACAACCAGCAAGACCCCUUUCAACCCGCAACCCCACGAAACAGCCACGUCAAUCAAGGUCGCACAUCCUAAAUGCACCCCAUCAACUGUUCAAAAGCCCGAACCCACAACCCACACCUCACUGAAAAACCAACUCCGCCACUCCCUCAAAACCCUUCUUCGCGAUCAACCUCCCUAUGCCGUGGUAGAAACUCACAUCCUCCCCCUCGUCCUACGCGUCGCCACCGCAACACCACGGGACCACGCAGCCCUGCAGGAUACCUCCCGAGUGCUAGCCUGCUGGUGUUCACUCAUUCACCGACUGGGACAAACCGGUGGGAUGUGUGGGGAUCCUUUUGUGGUGGACGAUGGGGAUGGGAAGGUAGACGAGGAGGAAUGGCGACCUGAUACGUUGUCUGAGGAUCUUACGGCAUUCUUCGGUGACUUGCUAGAUGGGAGGUUGCCGUUUGGGUAUUGGGGGUUUGGGGAUAGGUUGGGGGCGUAUAAUGAGGGGUUGAUGGAGCGGUUUGCUGUCAAGGAGAGGGGGUGA